AUGUGGUCGUCAAUAGCGAAGCCCCUAGCGCUCCUCUCAGUCGUCGCCUCGCUCGCGUCGCCUGCCGCCGCUAAGGAAGAUCAUCUACUCAAGUCGAAUUCGUUGAACACAUGUCAGGACAACUCGGGGUUCACCGCGAGUUUGUUUAAUGUCGUCUUCACGCCGAACAAUCUUUCGGCAUCCAUCAAUAUCGUCGCCGUCUCCUCUAUCCAGGGAAAUGCCGUCUUCGAUGUCCAGAUUUCUGCGUAUGGCUACAACAUCAUCAGGACGACCGUCAAUCCCUGCGAUGCCGAUUUGGCCGGUCUGUGCCCCAUGGUGGCAGGAAAGAUUCCCUUGAGAUUCAACCUCGACGUCGCGCCAGAUGCCGUCAAUCAAAUCCCCGGCAUUGCCUACACCAUGCCGGAUCUCGACGCCAAGGUCAGGGUCUUCAUCAACUUGACCAACCCCGACGGUUCCCCGUCACAGAAUAGUGUUGCUUGUGUCGAGGCUGAUGUCUCCAACGGCAAGACGGUUGACCUCAUCGGUGUCAAAUGGGCAACGGCUAUUGUUGCUGGCCUCGCCCUGGCCUCGUCUGCCGUUGUCUCUGGUCUCGGCCAUUCGAAUGCUGCUGCUCACGUCGCUGCCAACGCCCUGUCCCUGUUUGGUUACUUCCAGGCCCAAGCCAUCAUCGGACUGACGGGCAUUCCUCUUCCCCCAGCUGUCCAGGCUUGGACCCAGGAUUUCCAGUGGAGCAUGGGGAUUAUCAGGGUGGGUUUCAUGCAGAACAUCUUCACUUGGUACCAGCGAGCGACUGGCGGGACCCCUUCGACCAUCUUCGACUCCCUGACCACGGUCUCUGUUCAGGUCGAAAAGCGAGCGCUGCAGGUUGCAGCUCCAGCUGUAGACCUUUUCAGGCGCUCCAUUGCCAUGAUGCCCCGCAGCGUUGUCGACGGCGCUUCAAGCCUCAUGAAGCGAGGGAACAUUCAGACCGGCUCUGGCAGUUAUGUGGUCUUCGGCAUUCAGCGUGUGGCUUUCCGGGCCAAGAUUGAGUCGACGAACCUCUUCAUGACUGGCCUCAGCUUCUUCUGUAUCUUCGUCGUCCUCACAGUGCUCUGUGUCGCCGCCUUCAAGGGCUUCUGCGAACUUGCAGCCAAGCAGAGGUGGAUGAAGAGUGACACGUUCCUCGAAUUCCGCAAUGGCUGGUUCACCGUCCUCAAGGGCAUUCUCUUCCGACUGACGCUCAUCGGAUUCCCCCAGAUGGUUAUUCUCUGCCUGUGGGAGUUCACCCAGAACGACUCGGCCGCCGAGAUGGUUCUCGCUGUCUUCUUCUUCUUCGGCAUGGCCAUCACCCUUGGCUGGGCCGCGUCCAAGGUCAUCCGCAUUGCCCGCCGCUCCGUGGCCAUGCAUAGAAACCCGGCAUACAUCCUCUUCUCCGAUCCUCAGGCACUGAACAAGUGGGGCUUCCUCUACGUCCAGUUCCGCGCCUCGGCUUACUACUUUAUUGUUCCGGUCCUCGGGUACCAUCUCGCCAAGGGGAUGUUCCUCGCCUUUGCUCAGCGUAAGGGCAUCGUCCAGGCCAUCGGCUUGAUCCUGAUCGAGGCCGGCGCUUUGAUUGCGGCCAGUGUGUUGCGACCUUGGAUGGACAAGAGCACCAACUCGUUCAAUAUCGCCAUCUGCGUCAUCAACUUCCUCAACGCCAUCUUCCUGCUGAUCUUCACCGAUGUCUUCAACCAGCCUCCGCUGGUCACCGGCGUUGUUGGUGUCGUUCUAUGGAUUGCCAAUGCCGCUUUCUCCCUGGUUCUACUGAUCAUGCUCAUUGUCACCACCGUCAUCGUCUUCUUCCGCGAGAACCCUGAUGCCCGGUACCAGUACAUGGCGGAUGACCGUGCCUCGUUCAUGAAGUCUCAGACCCAGUUGAACACUACCACCGAGCUCGACGCCUUGGCCGCCACUGCUCGAGGUGACAAGGCGGGGUACAAGCCCGGCCUUGACCUCGAGGACGAUGCCGACUCGAUCUCCUCGGACUCCCUGCGCCGCCGGAACGAUCCCGCCCACCAUCCCCUGCCGGCAUCCACGUCAAACUCCAUGAGUAACAACUCAUACCGAGACCCGCCACGGUCGCCAGUUGAUCCGUCCAUGCCUUUGUUCCCUGCAGAUAACCGAUCUCCGUCGCCGUACGGUUAUCCGCGCAAUCAGCAGGGUGGUAACAUGCCGAGGGACCCGAGCCCGUACAAUGGCUCCGCAUCGAACCUUUCGUCCGGAUACCGAUCACAACAUAAUGCUAGUCCAGCCGGAGGAUUCAGGUCACAGAACAAUGCCAGCCCGUGGCAACGUGGUGCUGGCUACGACCAUUAG